AUGGCUGCAAACGUUAUCGACGCGGUCGCCGCGCAGGCGACCUUCCCCGAGUCGAACCCCUUCGGGCUCGUCACCAAUGGCGAGGCCAACCCCAUGUUUAUCCAGAUCACCAACGCUGGCGAGAACAACUUUACUCUCGUUUCAGCAUCUGCUUCGUACCACGACACCAACAAGCACUGGAAACUCGUCAAGAAUGCCACAGUCACCAAGUUUAACCUCCCCGUGAACGCCGGCGCCAACUUUACCGCACCAUACAACCUGAACUCGGAGCUCCGCUCGCAGGAGCACGGCCUCACCGUCUGGAUCGACCUCAAGCACGGCAAGGAGCUGCACCGCGUCACGGCCUUCAACUCGACCGUCUCGAUCGUCGAGCCCGCUACCUCGUGGUUUGACCCCCAGGUCAUCUUCAUGUACCUCGUCGUCGGUGCUACUCUCAUCGGCGCGGGCUACCUUGCCUUCACCAUGUACUUUGAGCAGCCCAAGAAGACGCGCAAGGGUGCCCGCAAGCACGCCAAGGCCGCCCCCGCUGUCGUCGAGGGCUCCGUCUCCGACUCGGGCAAGGGCGCUUACGACGAGGACUGGAUUCCGGCCCAGCACAAGCGCCGCGUCAAGGGGGACGCCGCGACGAGCGGCGGCGAGGCGACGAGCGGCGCUGAGAGUGGGCCGGAGAAGGCUCGCCGGAGGAGGGCGAAGAAGUAG